AUGAAUUUCCAAGCUGAGACAGUGGAGAUUAUUACUCCAUCUGUGUUCCACAUUAAACAUUUUGGAUACAUUUUAAAGAAUGGAGUUAAAUGCAUUAUUAUUCAAGAUCCGAGUGCGACAGUUCCUUGUGCUGCAAUGAACAUCCGUGUUGGACAACUGAACGAUCCAGAUAUUCUCCCAGGUCUUGCGCAUUUUUGUGAGCACAUGCUAUUUAUGGGUACGGACAAGUAUCCAGGAGACGGUGAGUAUAAUGAGUACAUUGAAAAGAAUGGUGGUAGAUGCAAUGCUUGGACCAGUGAUCGUGAAACCAUAUACUACUUUACAGUAGCGCACGAGGCAUUAGAAGGUGCGUUGGAACGUUUUCUUGAAUUUUUUGUUGCCCCAACUUUUAACUCCAGUGCACUCUCACGAGAAGUAAAAGCGGUUCAUAGCGAAGAUGAGAAAAACCACAGUGUGGAAUAUUGGAGAGUCCAUGAAUUGGAACGCUCUUUUGUAAAUCCCCAGCAUCCAAAAAGCCGAUAUGGUAACGGAAAUAUUACAACCCUAUGGGAUGAACCCUUAUCAAAAAAUAUAGAUAUUCGAAAACGAUUGGUGGAAUUCUUUAAUUCAUAUUAUGUUGCAGGAGCCGCUUGCUUGGCAGUGUAUAGUGCACUGCCUCCAGAGUUGGUACUUCGCAUGAUUGAGGGUCCAUUGUCGAGAAUGCGUGUGGGAAAACCGGCUGAAUUUCGUUUUUUACCGAGUGGAGAUUCUUUCUACUCAACUGAAGCAAAGUCAAGCUGGAUAAAUAUACGUACCAUUCGUAAAAUACGUUCUUUGAAAUUGUUAUGGUGUGUGAAAUGUCCUGCCUCAUCCUGGCGGACCAUGCCACUCACGUAUAUUUCACAUAUUCUUGGUCAUGAGUGCAACUCAUCUGUUUUUGGUAUACUGAGAAGUGAAAAUCUAGCCACCGAAAUGUUUGUUGGUCCUCAGUGUAUUGAUGAUGAUAAUGAAUUGCUUUCGGUAAAUAUAUCGCUAACGAUGGAUGGACUCAAACGCGUUAUUGAUGUGAUUGAUUUGGUGUAUCAGGGUAUUGGGUUGGCCGCACGUGUGGACAGUACUGUGUAUGCCCAGAUGAAAGCAGAAAUGUGGCUUCACUUUGAGUCCUCUUCUGUUGAAAGUAACGUUGACCACUGCGCAGAACUAGCACUUGGUGCGAACAAGAGAGAUCUAAGACACUGUUGGAUAGGUGAUAGUGUAGUGCUUGAUGAUGAUAUCGCUGCCACUGAGGCCUGUAUUGCACAGUUAAUACCUGAAAAUUGUAUUGUUGAGCUAUGCUGGGGCGAAAUGCCAUGUGACAAUGCAAUUGUAACCGAUGAAGAAAUCAGGUCAUCUUUAUCUGAAGAGGAAGAGGAUGAAGAAGGGAAGAAAGAGGUGAACGACCAUGAACAAGAAGAAGAUGAUGAUGAUGAUGAUGAUAAAGAAGAAAAUACAAAUGCGGAGGAAUUGUUACAGAUAUUACCUGACUUUGCUCGUGUGGCAUGUAAUUCCACAACACGAUUUCACAAGACAAAGUUUUCUGUUUCUCGUAUUCCAAGUGAAGUUAUUGGGCGUUGGACGCACAGCAUGCACGGCCCGUACCAUAAUGCGUUAUCUCUCCCCCCUGUGAACCCUUUCCUCGCGACAGAUUUCACAGUAUACGAUAGCGAUAAUAGUCAUGCUGUUAUUAAAACCUUCCAUACUAUGUAUGGAGUUACCCUAGUGCGUAAAGAUGCGGGACGAUACAAAUCAUUCACAACUUCUAUAACCUGGAGAGGCCUUUCACCUUGUAUACAUGCGAACCCUAAAAAACGAUUUUAUACAAGUGUAAUGAUAGAUAUUUUGAAAGAUGCUAUUGGGGAAGUUUCUUAUUUUGGUUUACUUGCAGCAUUGGAGAAUGAUAUUGUACUAGACUGUGGUGGUUUAACACUCACCGUAACUGGUCCACAGCACAGAAUUCUUGACAUUUUCUUUGAUAUAUUUGAAAAAAUGUUUACAUUGGAAACUCUUUCAGGUUCUUUAGAAACUUAUAAUUCCUACGCAGAUAAGGCAGUCCGAUCUCUCGAAAGUAAAUCAUCACAGCAACCGUACGCAUGUGCGAUGGAUAGAUUUUCAAAGGCGGCUAGAGUUGUUAUGUAUACAUAUGACGAGCUACUUGAUGCAGCUGCCUCAACCUCCUAUAGUGAAUAUAAAGAAUUUGUAAAAGAUUACCUGGCGAGUGGUGUCUACUUUGAGUGCUUCGUCGCCGGUAAUGUGCCUUCUGCACCUUAUAUGCAAGAUCACUUGGUUAAUGGUGUUGAGAAGAUACUAGAAAAGCUUCAAGUUCCACCUGCGAAGAAGGAGAGUAUUCCACGAUUUCGAGACGUAUAUGCCUUUACACGAAACUCAUCAUCACAUCAUACCCCUUUGCUGGAUGUAUUAAGUUAUCCUCCGUUUGAUGUAGAGAAUCCAAAUACUGCGGUAUUUUUAGAUAUUUACGUUGGCAAUGAAACCCCAUUAUUGCGUUCUCUCUGUGACUGUAUGAAUUCCUUGAUGUCGUCCACUUUUUUUAAUUCUCUCCGUACACGUGAAGCUCUUGGAUACAUCGUUUUUUCGAGAUCUAUACGUAUGGGGGGUACAGCUCAUCUCCAAUUUGUGGUUCAAAGCGCUCUGAAAAAUGUGGACGCUAUCUAUCUUCUUUCUCGCAUCAUUGCCUUUCUAGAGGCUGUAGAGGCAAACUUCUUAACUCUGUGUAAUGAUGAUAAAGUCGAUACAGUUAUUAAAGGUCUUAUUGAGGUGCGUCGAAAGUUACCCGACUCUGUAAGUAUGGACUGCAAUGAUCUUUCUUCGCGUUACCUACAUCCUACUGGUCUUGACUACAAGGAGGAAGAGAUUAAAGCUCUUGAAGAGGUAAAUGCCACGAUGCUAAAAGACUUUUUCCUUACACGAGUUGCCAAUUCUGCUGUCUCACGAACAGCACUGGCCGUUAUUGUUAACAACAAGAGAUCGUCAGAAAAUGAUGUUUUUGCUCUUAACAACAAUAGUGAUGAUAGUAAGGAUUACCGAGAGAUUUCAUUACCACCUCUACGGCCAAACGAGGAGGAACUGCCGAGUGAUAAUGAUAAGUCCACGGAGACGGUGUUGCAGUUACCGGAUUUUUUGACGGCACCAAUGUCUAUUUGCGUUCGGAAAUUUACAUCUCCUGAAGAGUACCACACUGGAUUUCCAAUUGUUCGCGAUAAUUCUAUUUAA